AUGUAUGUAACUUUCCGUCUCUGCAAAAAUUUGCACUUCUCCACUCUCCCUCGCUAAUUAAUAUACAUGCAAGAUCUUAUUUGUUUCACAUUCUAAUUUUCCAAGAAAAUGGCAGUAUUGGCAGAUUACCAUUGCCGGUUCUCCCUCUCCGCUGCCGGGCAGCUGCAUGGGGCGGUUGGACUAGCUGGGAGGAACUCAAAACUUUUGCAGUUUGCUAAUGGAGAGUUCAUGGGAAAAAAGGUCAAGUCAAGCCAACUUCACCAUCAAAGAGCUAGUAGCAAGAUUAUUAAGCUGCAGGUUUCCAUGUCUCUUACUACUAGUGCAGCUGGGGAGUACAAGUUGAGAGACCUAGAGAUGGAAAAGAGGGACCCAAGGACAGUUGUGGCUGUUAUUCUGGGAGGAGGAGCUGGUACUCGUCUUUUCCCUCUCACCAAGCGUCGAGCCAAACCUGCUGUGCCAAUUGGAGGUGCAUACAGGCUUAUAGAUGUGCCAAUGAGCAACUGCAUCAACAGUGGAAUCAACAAAGUCUACAUUCUCACUCAAUUUAACUCACAAUCACUCAACAGGCAUCUUGCUCGCGCUUAUAACUUCGGCAAUGGCGUCAAUUUUGGACGCGGCUGCAUUGAGGUUCUGGCAGCUACUCAAACUCCUGGUGAGGAAGGCAAAAAGUGGUUCCAGGGCACUGCUGAUGCUGUCAGACAGUUCCAUUGGCUUUUUGAGGAUCCAAGAAGUAAAGAGAUUGAGGAUGUGCUGAUUUUAUCUGGAGAUCACCUGUAUCGAAUGGACUAUUUAGACUUUGUACAGAAUCAUCGGCAGAGUGGUGCAGAUAUCACCAUUUCUUGUUUGCCAAUGGAUGACAGCCGAGCCUCAGACUUUGGUCUCAUGAAGAUUGAUAGCAAGGGAAGAGUCCUCUCAUUCAGUGAAAAGCCUAAAGGGGAUGACCUAAAGGCGAUGGCAGUUGACACAACGGUACUGGGGCUUUCAAAGGAUGAGGCGGGAAAGAAACCAUACAUUGCUUCAAUGGGAGUGUAUGUCUUCAAGACGGAGAUACUUCUGAAUCUUUUAAGAUGGCGUUUUCCAACUGCAAAUGAUUUCGGAUCAGAGAUAAUACCAGCUUCAGCAAAAGAAUUUUAUACCAGGGCUUAUCUCUUCAAUGAUUAUUGGGAGGACAUAGGAACUAUCAGAUCCUUCUUUGAGGCAAACCUUGCCCUCACUGAGCAUCCACCAAGGUUUAGUUUCUAUGACGCAGCAAAGCCAAUGUACACAUCGAGAAGAAAUCUGCCACCAACAGAGAUUGAUAAUAGCAAGAUCAUUCAUUCAAUCAUAUCUCAUGGAAGUUUCUUAACCAACUGCUUCAUAGAACAUAGUGUUGUUGGCAUCAGAUCUCGAAUAAACUCUAAUGUCCACUUGAAGGACACAGUGAUGCUUGGCGCUGACUUCUAUGAAACUGAUGCUGAAGUAGCAGCACUGCUCUCUGAAGGAAGAGUACCCGUUGGAAUAGGAGAAAAUACAAGAAUAAGGGAAUGCAUCAUUGACAAGAAUGCCAGAAUCGGGAAGAACGUUGUGAUUGCUAACUCAGAGGGCGUACAAGAGGCUGAUAGAUCUUCACAAGGAUUUUACAUUCGAUCUGGUGUUACAGUCAUAUUAAAAAACUCCGUUAUUGAAGAUGGUUUUGUAAUAUAAUUAAUUUAUUUUUCUUUUAUGUUGAUCAGGUUGGAAACCAAGAAAAUAAGUAUGAGAUAUGAACCCAUAAAGAUACUAAUCACAACAGUUUUAAUCAUGA